GUGACAGCGAAAGACUGGGCCACCAGGCGCACGCAGAGCAUCAGGGUCGAGAACGCGUCGACGCUGAAGGAGGAGGAAGUCGACAGGGUCCUGAAGGAAUCGACGAAGAUGUGGCUCACCGACUGGGAGCGGAUGGAGAACGCAGAGAACGAGUACGCAGCGGAGCGCCUGGCCAGUCAGACCACGGAGCUGAUCCUGAACAGGCCGGACAGGGUACCACUAGACGUGCAGCAGACGCUCUGGGAGGUCGUCGGGAGGCUGGAGAAG